AUGGUCGUCAUCCUCCGUGAACAGCUCAUCGUCUCAGCCAUCAUUCGCAGAUGGGCCGAGGGCCAUUGCGUCUCUAAAGCAAGACCGGUGGGACCCGAACACGGCAGCUGUUUCCCAGUGGGCUCUUGCCAGAAGAAUGAUAUCGGUCAUGUUGUAAUAAGUGGAAGUGAUAUUAAUGGCCAUCUAAGUCAACAUCUCAAGGAAGUCAUUCCAAAAACGUCGUUUCGGUUCUGCAUUGCGAGCCUCAAAUCGAACCUUGGGCAUCCGUACUGCAAGUCUUCCGAUUUCUUCAAGAAAUGUGGCCAAUAUAUGGUCAUGUUCUGA